ACUAAGGUUGUGGUCCGUGUACCGUAGAACAAAAAAUAUAUAAUUUACAAACAUGCAGAUUUGUUUACAAGCAACACCGCGAAAACAUUAAGGUAAAGAAAACUUUAAAAAGACCAGUCCAGCGAACGUGCCGGACACAACGUUGUAGAUUUUUUAACCACUCACAAUGAUACUACGUACUUCAGUCGUUAUUUUCUUUGUGAUACAGCUGAUAGCUGGGAAUCCGACGUUUAGACGAGAUGACGAACAAGACCUACCUCCGUCGCUGGCACCUGUACAUCGACAGAGAUCCAGUACACCGAUGAGAACUAACACACCAUUAAGAACUAACACACCAGUGAGAACUAAUACACCAGUAAGAACCAAUACACCAGUGAAAAUUUCAGAAGAUAUUAAAUAUCACAAAAUUCGGGCGGUUGGGCCUCCUAAAAAGGUCCCGGCGGGAGGAGUUAUGCUCCCCAAAAUAACAGCUAAUAACCAACUCACACAUAGUAUCCAUCCACCUAUUAUAGACGAACUCCAUCAUCAACCGGUACACCAUCCGUCAUCUAGUUCAGUCGACGAAAUCGAAAAAGCAGAAAAAGCAAACAAAAAUUUGGAAAAGAUGAUACAAUUCAUGACAGUAUUAGGCCAAGUGGACCACUAUAUAACAUCAAGAGCUAAAUCUCUAGUGACCACAUUAGGCAGAGCUAUGGAAAAUCAUCAAGACGAUCACCUAACCUACCCAAGAGAAUCUAGGGAAAAUGUUAAAUCGUGUGGUGGUGACCACUCGCAUGAAUAGUAAAUUAGGUUAUUUAUUUUGUACAAAUAUUUGAAUAAAUAGGUGUAAUAAAUUAUUUUAAGUAAGUAUUUUAUAAUUUUAAAUAAAAGUGUUUUAUUAUUUUCUACAUCACAAUGUUUAUACUAAAAAAUGACUAAACCACUUUUUUCUUAUGUUUAUUAUCAAAUGGUUUAAAACAUUAAAUGUCAACGUGUUAUUUAAUAAAUAAUUUACAUUUAGAUAAAAUUUAUAAUUAUCAUUAUAUUAAUCCAAAAAUAUAAACCAGAUUAAAAUGUUCAAAU